AUGUCCUCUUCUCCCAAAAUUCCCACUGUAAAGCUCUAUGAUGGAGUCGAAAUCCCCGUGUUGGGUUUUGGCACCGGGACUGCUUGGUACAAGCCCGACCGUUUCUCUGCUUACAACCCAGACGCCGUCACUAUUUCCAAGGACGCCAUUGCGGCGGGCUACCGCCAUCUCGACACGGCGGAGGCGUACGGCACUGAGCGGGAACUUGGGCAAGCCAUCAAAGAGAGCGGUGUCCCCCGUGAAGAUCUCUUCGUUGUCACCAAGACUGUCAACUCGCUCAGCGAAGGCAAAAUCGAGGAUGUCCCAACGGCGUUGGAGAAUAGUCUGAAGCGGCUGCAGCUCGACUAUCUAGAUCUCUUUCUUCUGCAUUCUCCAUAUCUGAAGAAUGACACUUAUGUAGAAUCUGACGUCGCCAAGGUGUGGAAGCUGAUGGAGGAGCUUCAGCGCUCUGGUAAAGUGCGCUCUAUCGGAAUCUCCAACUUCCGGAAGCACCACGUUGAGAAUUUGCUCAAGACGGCAGAAAUCAAGCCUACGGUCAAUCAGAUUCAAUUCAACCCAUACCUACAAGGCGCGCCCGAGUACGCCAAGUGGCUUGAGUCGCAUGGGAUCAAGACGGCUGCUUACAUGGGACUUGCACCCAUUACUUGGCUGAAGGGAAACCAUCUUGAUCCAUUGUUGGAGGAGUUGGCGGAGAAGUACAAAGUGGCAAAGAGUACGAUUCUCAUCGCCUGGCAACUGCGUCAAGGAAUAAUUGUGCUCAACACGACCAAGAAGAAGGAAAGAGUCGAGGAAUUUUUCGCGGCGCUGAACGUCAAACUGGGAGAAGAAGAUUUUGACAAGAUUACAAGCAUUGGACAGGAUAAACAUCUUCGCAUCCCGACACGCUCUGAAUUCUUGGCCACCACUGGCAUGAACAAUCUAUGUGCUGGCAAGGUAGGCUUGACAGAAAACGACCAGAUCUUGGCACGAGAGCUUGGGAAAUUGCCACCUCAUCUGGUAGAUUAUAUGGUGGACGAAAAGGCGCGACGGUUCUUUUGGGGUCUUGGGCUGGAGCCUGACUGGGGAGACUCUAAGCCACUGGCAGUCGCGAUCCUCACGGUCUUUGGCAUUGACCAGAGGUGGGAAGAAUGGAGGGAAAAUGCACUCAACCGAUAUGAAGGAGACGAGCGUUUGCAAAGACUUCUCUGA